GACAGACAGGCAGGCAGGCAGGCAGGCAGGCAGGCAGGCAAGCAAGUAAGCAGGCAGGCAAGCAGGCAAGAAGUCCGCACGAGUGGCUAGGGUGUCGUCGUACAGGGGCUACGUGGUGCGCGGUGGUGGGGGUGGGCGCGUGCAGCCGGCCUGCAGCUGCCUCCUCGCCGCGUUGCUGCCUCCUUUUCCCCCGGCGUGGCGCGACGCGGAGCGGCAGCCCGCUGCUGCUGCUGCUCUCCUCCCUUCCUCCCUCCCUCCCUCCCUCCGGCCGUAUGGUCCCCGCGCGCGCCACCGGUGCAGCCGCUGCUACAUACUCACCACCACCCCUCUGCGAUUCGGUCGGUCACGAGCGCACAACCCCUCUCGUCUCCGCAGGGCCGAGGGGAGAACCGGUGGGACCACAAUUAUAAGUAGGGGUGCACCCGGCCUUACUACCUCCAGUCGAGGGCUGCACUCCGUGACGAGUACGCGCGCGCGCGCGACCCCCAAACACACGGUCGCACAUAGGGCGCACGCGUGUGAGAGACAACGAGUAGAGAGGAGUAGUCGUCGCUGCUGAGCAGCGAGGGUGAGAGAAGGACGGAGAUCAUAGUACACCCUGCGAAUCUCGCCUCGCGAAGAAGGAAAAUUCCGGGGGUGAGCGCGCGUACGAGAGAUCGCCAUCUGUCGUCGAGUCCGUGUCGAUACGGUUGCCUCUGUGAUUGCCUCGAGUGCCGCGGGGUGGCGUUAGUGCGGUCGGUCAGUGCGGUGGCGCGUACACGCGGUGAGAAAAAGGAAGGUGAACGUGCAUCUUGGACGAGGAGAAAAGGAGAGCGAGAGAGAGAGAGAGAGACAGAGGCAGCGUGACUUUGCGUACGUCGUGCGCGCCGUGCAUCCCUCUUGAACUUUGAUACUUCGGUGGAAGGUAGAAACGCGCGAAGCACCGCGACCGGUUGAAAGACUGCGUGGACCCCUCGCCGGCUUUUCUGGCUUAUAGCGGACAGUACGAGAGCGAGAGAAGAAAAAAAAGAGGAGAAAGAGGAGGGGGGAGGGGGUGCCACCUUUCCGCCACCGGGCGCAUUGACUCUCUCCUCUCGUUCAUCCUCUCGCGACUCGCGUCACACCGCGAGCCGCAAGCGGCGAGCGGCGAGCGCGACGAGUCGUGUGCGCGCGGGUAUCCUUGGCUCCACCUCUACCACGACGGCGACUGCCCCACCACCAUCACACACACACCAUCGUCGGUCCUACUCCGGCGCCCUUCUCCGUUACGGCGGCGCUGCCGCCGAUCGCCGAGGGAGUAUUCCUCGCGGCGCGCGGCGACGGCCGAUCAGUGCGUGACUCGUCGUUGUUGCGACGGUUGGCGGAGGACGAGAGCGUUGUACGUUUGUCGGUGUUCCCUCUCGUUGGCUUUUGGCAAGGAUGGUCGCGACGGGUUGACUCGUAUCGAAAAGAAGAGAGCACAAGAGAGAGAGAGAGAGAGAGAGAGAGAGAGAAAAAGAAAGAAAGAAAGAAAGAGAGGACACCUGAAUACGCGGACCUUCCUUCAAGAUCGGGACCUUUCCUCCCUCUUCAGCGUUUGUCGUCCCACGGAUAUACUACGAUUAAGUGUGUCAACGGCAAGUGUGUAAAAAGUGAAAAUCUCGUCGUUCGUACGUUGUAUAUGCCGAGCGAAUUAAAUGGUAUAACGGCGCGUAUACGGAGUGCACAGUGGUAAACGAGUUGAAUUUAGCCGCGGUUCCCACUCGCGGCGUUUGCGCGCACCUUCAUUCGUUUGUUUCGUUCUUUCGUCCGUCCGUCGUCGAUUCGACGAGACGCGCGCGGCGGCGACGGCGACGGCUCGCGUACAUCGUCGAGAUACCGGCGUAUACCGGGCACGCGGUUCGUGGCUAUGCAGCAGCAGCCCUGCGGUGCCGCGGCGAGACGCAGGUAACGCCGACGGGACGAAGACGAGACGACGCGCGCGGAUUGCCGCUCACAUCCGCGCCUCCGCCGCUUUCCGGGGAAGCGCCGGCGGCGUGUAAACACCGAGGGAUACGCGACGCGUCAACAUGUGGACCACGAUGCUCGUGUGGACGGCCGCCGUCGUUCUCCUGCCGACGCCUCGAGCGGUGAACGCCUCGGGGGUGUUCGAGCUGAGGCUAAAGUCCUUCGUGAACGAGUUCGGCAAGGACAGCCUGGGCAAGUGCUGUUCCGGCAGCGCGUCCAAGACAGGCGAGUGCUCGGGGGUCUGCAAGACGAGGUUUCGGGUCUGCCUGAAGCAGUACCAGGUGAAGAUCGACACGACGUCGCCGUGCACGUAUGGCGACGUCGUGACGCCCGUUCUCGGCGAAAACAGGAUUAACCUCAGCGCAAAUGUCGCCUUGCCGAGCUUCACCAACCCCAUCAGGUUCCCGUUCGAGUUUACGUGGCCGGGUACGUUCUCGCUGAUAGUGGAGGCUUAUCACGAUGCGGACAACAGCACGCAUCAAUCGGCCGAGAAAAUCCUGAUCAUGCGGCUGACCACUCAGAAGUGGCUGGACGUUGGGCCAGAGUGGACCGCUGACGAUUACACGAGCGCCCACUCGCAAAUAGAUUUUGAGUACAGGGUGACUUGCGCACCUCACUACUACGGCAAGGGUUGCGAGGACCUGUGUCGGCCAAGAGAUGACAACUUUGGUCACUAUAGCUGUAGCCCGAGCGGCGAACGCGUCUGCCUCACCGGCUGGAAGGGCGAUUAUUGCAACUCCCCCCGCUGCCUGCCCGGAUGCGACGAGCAGCACGGACACUGCAAUCGACCCAACGAAUGCAUAUGUCACAACGGCUGGAAGGGCACCCUGUGCAAUCAGUGCGUUCGGUACCCGGGCUGCCUUCACGGUAGCUGCCAAAAGCCUUGGGAGUGCGCGUGCGACGAGGGCUGGGGCGGGCUGUUCUGCAACCAAGAUCUCAACUAUUGCACGAAUCAUAAGCCGUGUAUGAACGGCGGCACCUGCUUCAACACCGGCCAGGGCUCUUACACCUGCUCGUGCCCGUCAGGCUUCACCGGCACCGAGUGCCAGACGCCGCUCUUCGACUGUCACUCGAAGCCCUGCCUGAACGGUGGCACUUGCACGAUGACGGAGUCUCCGUCCGUGAGCUACGUGAGCGGCAAUGGUACCGAGCUAUCGUCAUCCUCCAGACAGCAGCAUCGUCGUGGCUAUCGGUGCACCUGCCCACCCGGUUGGCGCGGCCGACACUGCGAGAUGACGACGCGAUCCUGCCGGGACUCGCCCUGCCGACACGGCGCCACCUGCGAGGACGAUUCUCUGCGCGGCUACGUGUGCCAUUGCCCGCCCGGCUAUACCGGCACCGACUGCGAAUCGCAAGUCGACGAGUGCUCGCCGAACAAUCCCUGCGCGAACAACGGCACCUGCACGAAUCACAUCAACGGUUACCGAUGCACGUGCCUCGCCGGUUUCACCGGCGAACGCUGCGAGAUCAACGUGGAUGACUGUCAGGGCGAUCCGUGCCUGAACGGCGGCACCUGCAAGGACCAGGUGAACAGCUUCCGCUGCCAAUGCGUACCGGGCUACGUCGGCAGACUCUGCCAGGACAAGGUAGACUAUUGCCUGGCCAAACCGUGCGCGAACGGAGGCAGAUGCAUCUCUGGGACCAACGACUAUCAUUGCACGUGCAAGCCCGGUUUCACCGGCAAGGACUGUAGCGUGGAUGUGGACGAGUGUCGAAGCGCGCCGUGUCAGAACGGCGGUAUUUGUCGUAAUCGCGUCAAUGGUUUUCUAUGCGAAUGCCCGAACGAUUGGCACGGCGACACCUGCGGCGAAAAAGCCGGUGUCGUAGUGGCGCCGCCGCCGCCGCCACCGCUGCCGCCGAUCACCUCCGCACCCGCGAACGUGCCGCUCGCGGAACCGUCCUCGAGCAGUAAUCAUUGGCCCGGCAAUUUAUCGAAGCACGUCGCCUCCAGAAAGAACAGCUUGACUACGGAACAUCUGGUGAUGAUCGCGACUCUUUCCACCGCGGUGCCAGCCUUCGCGUUGUUCGCCGCGGUCGCGGUGAUGUGCAUGAAGAGACGACAGAAGCGAGAGCAGGCCAAGGCCGACGAGGAGGCGAGGCUGCAGAACGAGAGGAACGCGGUGCACAGCAGCAUGAGCAAACGUAGCGCCAGUACCAUCGGCGUCGGCGGCACCGGCGGCAUCGGCAGCAUCGGCGGUCUCGGUCUCCUCGGCGGCGCCGGUAACGGCCUGAUCGGCACCGGCGGCGGCAGCGUUUGCGCCCUCGGCACCGGCGACGCGCACAUGAUCAAGAACACUUGGACGGCGAGUAAAAGUGUCAACAACGUAGCGUCAGCGGCAUCGCGGCAAGACGACCUAGACUCGUCGUUUCAGACUGACGUCACGCUGGACAGCUCGUGUUCGGGUUAUAAACCAGAACCGGUGCUACAAGACGGUCGGACAACGAGGACGACGAAACAGCUGAAUACGGAGGCGGCGGCUCAUCGGGCGUCCGCGCACCUCUUCCAGAAGGAGAAGGACUGUCUCGGCCUAGGCCUCGGUAUCGGGGUCCUGGAGAGUGCCAAGAGAUCGUCCGUAUUUGCCGCUACUAGUAACGCGGCGGACAGUUGUUGCGCCGCGGAAGCCGCGCUGAUGAAGAGGCCGACGAUAUCGGAAGCCAACGGCGCCGGUGUCGUCGGUAGUGGCGGUGGUGGUGGUGGUAGUGGUGGUGGUCCACCGGGAAGCGGUGGCGGUACCACGGACAACAGCAAUUGCGGUGUGUACGUGAUAGACGAUCACUACGUCAGGCACGACGCCACGCUGGCGGCGACGCUCGCGACGGAAGUGUAGUAGACUCCGGACAUCGGACUCCCAUUUAGAGUGAUAGAACCAGUGCGUGUGCGUGUGCGAAUCGUGGAUCUUAUUUUCUCCGUGCGCGUAAAUUGACAGACCACCACCCCGUUUGAUUUCCUUCGAUUCUUCUCCCUCUGGACGGCGCGGCGGCGACGCCUUCGUCUCGGAUGCUUCAUAUUUAUUUCUUUUCCUUUUUUACAUUAUUUUUUUAUUUUUUAUUUUUAUUACACCUCUUUGCAAAAGUGCUUGUGCAUCCGUGGCAUUGGCGCCGCUGGUCGCCGGUGGGGCUCCGCGAUUGAAACAUCGUUUCGAGGAGAAAUACGCACUGCAUCUCGCGCCGCCGCGCCGGCCAGUUUCAGAUCAACCGCGAGUGUGUACGUUGGCCCAGCACGAGAGCGAUGACGGACUGACCGAAGACGUUCGAUCUGGGGACUGAUCGAGAAGCGACAGAGACGAGGAGAAGAAUUAACGCGAUGCUGUGGGGGUCGGCCGGUUUCCUCGCGCGGCCGCCGACCCAUCCUUAGGUAUUAAUAUUAUAUCGUGCUCUAAAGUGAAACUUUGUACAGAACUAAUUUAUUAUUAUUGUUAUUUACUUAUUGUAUUACUGAUUGCUAUUAAUUAUUAUUAUUAAUAUUAUUACAUCGUGUCGCAUUAUCAUUGUUCUCGGUAUUAGUUCUUUUUCGAAUUUGCGUGACCGAGCUGCCGACCGAAGCAAGAAUACGACAGCGAAAGAUCUUUCGUGUAUAUUAUGCGUGUGCGUGUAGAAAUGAAUGAGCGUGUAUGUGUAACUACGAACGAAAAAGUUUAACGACGGAUUAGCAUCUUCGGAACGACGUCUUUUCAUAUUCGGAAUUAAUGUUUCGUGUAACACCGCUUCUUUUUUUCCUUUCUUUUUUUUUUUAUAAAACAUUCCUUUUCUCAGAGAAAAUACCGUUGCGCGACGCAGGAAUUUCCGCUUACAGUGGCAACGAUGUUUAGCAAUGAAAAGCAUGAAAAUUAAUUUAAAAUGAUAGAAAUGCUCCCUCGACUUUUUGGGAUUCUCCGUUUCAGGGAUAAUCCCAAUCGAGUGAUCCCUCAAACACCCGUUUUCCACACCGAUUUUCAGUCGGCUCAAAGGAACGUUUGGAAGGAAGGAUGGAAAGCGGCAUGGCUCUUAACAAAAUUCCGUCCUUUUAAUUCGAAAACGUCGUCAUUCCAUCGCGAUAAUUCGAAUAAACUUAAUACGGAAUUAAAUUGUGCGAUGCGAUAGUUAAGCAGAUAGUAGCAUGUUUUCGUAGAAAAAGAUAAAAAAAAAAAUCUCGAACAAUGCAGAAGGGGAAACCAUGCAUGCCGAGUCCGUAGAUCCUUUAUUUUCAUUAAAUUCGAUCCAAUUUGUAUCGAGGGAUAUAUUAUAGGGAAAUUUAUUCGCUAAUUUGAGAAAUUCUAAAGAAAUUACGCAGCGUUGGCUUUCCCUCCUUGAAAGGAAAAAAAAAAAAAAAUCGAUUUUCUACGAAUCCUAUGAUUACUACCCAAACGACGUGUACCGUUCGACGAAACAUUGCUCGCGCUACGUACUGAAAAAACGAACGGACAGAUUUGUAUAAAUUAUGCAGAUAUAUAAAUAUAUAUAUAUAAAUAUAAAUAAAAAUAAAAAUAUAUAUAAAUGAACAGUGAGAGAUAGAGAUCCGGCGUCGUCGACGAUAACGUUUCAACGGCGAUGCGGUUUGUUUCGAAGCGAUUUGGCAUCGAAAUCGGCGAGAGAGGCUAGUCGAGAGAGAAAUCAAAGAAGCGAUCAUCGUCGCGCGAGAGAACGUCGGAUCAAACCCAUUAAAUCUGAUCGUAGCGCAAUCCUCUCUUCCCAAACAACGCAAGGUUUCACAAAGAUAUCUAAAAGAUAAUGCAGGGCCUUAUUCUCGAAAAGUAUCACAUAUAAAAAUCCUACAAUAUAUGUUACGUAUAUUACAGAUUUUCGCAUGUUUUUCUUAUGCGAGAAAUUCGAGAAUAAAUCUCCUCUCCCCUUCCAAGGCCACAUUUGAAAGUUCAGCAUUUUUUUAGAACAUUUUGAUCUUUCAAAUGUUUUUGCCUUGAUUUCUUUGUGGACUCUCGCGUUGUCUUUCUAGGGUUUAUCCUGGAAACUGAUAAGGAAUUGGCGUUUGAAUUGCGAUUAAAGUUAGGAUUUCGGCGAAUUCAGUCGUCUCUUCAGCGUUUAUUCGCCCCGGACGAACGAAUCCGUGAAGUAAUCGACUCGUGUUGUCCGCGUUCAUUUGUGCGAAAAAAAAAUCUAGAGAUCGCCCCAAAAACAAUUGAAAUUUUGCGAAUUCUCCAUCAUUUGUAUCGCCAUUAACCGCGUUUUUUUCAGCGGUACCCUCGCCGACUUCGCCCACGAAUGGAUAAGUGACGAUUAUUGUAUGUUGAUGCUGCACGAUCGAUUAUGAUAAUUAUUUAUUUAUGACUGCUGAUGACGAUUUUACACGGCGUAAAAAAAAAUAAAUAAAUGGCGAUUAGUGCGCCGAUAACAGUGAUGACGAUAUUAUCGCGUUAGAAAUGCGCGUGCGAUGUACGAAGAAUGAGAGAGAGUGAAUGAGUGAGAGAAAAGGAGAGAGCUGUAGCGAACAAAGAUUCGAUAAUGUUCCUGUUACAAAAUAAUGAUAAUUAAAUAAACGAAAUGCAAGUAUCGACUAAGUCAGGUUUAUUUUCGGGUCUCGUUCGCGCGCGGUGGCGCAAACAGGGUGAUUUUUUUUCGCAUUUAUAUGACGGUCAUACGUAAUUGGUAACGCUUUAUUUUAGAUAACGGCGACCGUGUCUACGGUGACAUCCGCGGCUCGAUCAAGGAUCGCGAUGAAUUCCAAUUCUUCCUAUCUGGCUUCCAUCUCCCAAAUCUUUCCUUCGCCCCGUCUCGAGCCACCGACGUCCGCCGUCGCGCGCGUACAGACUCUAAAUUAACGAGAAACGCGUGUGUGUAAAUGCGAGAUUAUACUGUACGAAUUACGAUGUGUAAUAAAGCUGUUGUCAUUUUUUGUACUUACACUCCUCUAGACGAUUUGAUACGUCUCGCUAUGAACGGUCUCCAUCUAUCUCCCCUUGUUUCACUCCCGAUUAGAUUUUUUUUCAAUGACGUUUCCAACUUUUAGAAUUUCGAAUUAGAAUUACUUUUUUUUUUGUAUAACAGCGCGAUGCGCAUUCGCAAGAGAAAGAAGAAAAAUUGUUUCCCGCUGAUAGUGGCCUUUCGUUUGCGACGAGGCAUUGACGAAGAUUGUAAAAACUAUCCUAGGCGUACCGUACCCCGUUUUUGUAUAAAAACAGAAAGAAGAUAAUAUGCACACAGCGUAUACAUACACUGACAUAAACGCAGCACAUCUGUAUAUUUGUAGUAGGACUAUACAAUUGCGAUUAUUAUUAAUUAUUAAUAUUAUUAUUAUAUAAAACGUGUAAAUAGAUGAAUUGUCAAUAUAAUGAUGUCACGCAAACGACAGUGGACGAUUAAUAAUGAUACAUAAAAAAAAAA